UGCGUAGAGCUGAAGGUUCACGCAGUGGCAGGAUCGCAGGUACGCAGCCUCGGGUCCUCUCCAACCAUGAAUCGGGAAGACCCCUUUUACCCCUCUCAGGUUUUUAAAGACUCCUGCGCUUACCAGAGAUCUCCAGGUGAUGACUACAGCCCGCCGCCCUGCCUCUACAUGAGCAGGCAGGUGCACUCCGUGUACACGCCGCCGUCCAUGACCCUGGAGCAAGCCAGCCUUCCCGACAUCGCUGCUGCCGCUUUCACCUUGCCCGACAUGCGGGAGGUUCCGGGCUUGCCGCCGCUACACCACCAGCAAGGGUUCCAGCAGCAGCCUACACUCCAGUCUCCAGGUUAUUUAGAAGCAGGAGAACAGAGUAGAUAUCACCUCCCUUUUCCCUGGAUGAAGACCACUAAGUCCCACUCACACACCUGGAAGGGCCAGUGGACAGGGUCUUACGUGAUGACCGAGGCGGAGGAAAACAAGCGCACACGGACCGCCUACACGCGCGCCCAGCUGCUGGAGCUCGAGAAGGAGUUCCUCUUCAACCGCUACAUCUCGAGGCCGCGGCGCGUGGAGCUGGCGCUGACCCUGAGCCUCACCGAGCGCCACAUCAAGAUCUGGUUCCAGAACCGGCGCAUGAAGUGGAAGAAGGAGGAGGACCGGAGGAGGGCCAGGGGGUCAGAGCCGGAUCAGGACUCCUCCAUCACCUCUGGGGAUCAGGGAGAGACUGCAGGGGGAGGGGUGUCCUCCACAAACGGACCUCACACCAGCACACCCCCUGUGUCCCCGCUGCACGGCCACACGCUGUCCGCGUCGGAGUCCAGAGAAACCGCAUAGGACUGCUGCACCCCUGUCUCUUAAUUGGAGUAUAUAAGAAAUCAUUUUUAUUAUGCUGAGCAAAGAUAACUUAUUUCUUGUACAGCCAUUUAAGAGACCUGUCAAGAUUCUCUCAUACAUUCUAGUGGUUUUUAAUAUGGGCAUUGUGGCUCACCACCCAAGGCACCAGUCAUCUUCAGAAGAAGAACUCAAAGAAAGAAGAAUUGUCAUAUUUGGCUUUAUUACGUUUUUACUUGUACAGACAAUUGCAGGUGCCCCCUGCCUGCCUGUCUGUCUGUCUGUCUGUCUGUCUAUGCUUGUCAAUUUAAAAUCAAGUUUCAGACAAAAAACAAAAAGGCAACAGGUUGUAUGUGUACAUUCCGUAUACCAGCAUCCACUUGUGUAUAUAAGUUUAAAUCAUGUGCACAUUAAUUAUACAGUUCACAUAGUUUGAAAUAAAACCUUUACAACUAUU